GGAUCCGCCCUCCAUUUCCACCGGCGAGGCUAGCACUAGAAGAAGACGCUGCGCCACAAAACCGAGCGAAGCCCGGCAAGCAGCGGGGCCAGAAGAGAGAGAGAAGCCGUACAAAGCCUCCUCAAACCCAAUCAUCACCCGGCACCACCUCGCCGGCCCACCCACCCGCAAGAUUCCAAGGAGCAACGCGAGAAAGGGACGCGAGCCCAGAAUCGCCUCUUCUUAUUUUUAUUUUCCCCGCGGUUGACAGCGGCGGAAUCCACAGGGGGACGAGCGAGCGAAGAAUCGAACGAGGAACUGUAGCGCGUGGCAGCGAGAGGUUUGGAUCGAUCCGAUUCAUUGGUUUUUAUUUGCCUGACCUGGAGGCAGCUCAGCGUAUCUUGGCUAUAAAACGAGGAGGGCUGGAGCCGCUCUGCGGACAGAGAGGCCCUCCCUCCACAAGUUCUUCCAGGUUUUUGUUUGGUUCUGGUUUCCUUUUGCUCGUUUGGCUUUCAGAUCCAGGAGGCGAUUGAGGGAGCUUUGUAUUGGAAAGGAGAGUGAAAGAGAAAAUGGGGAUCAGGAAUGGUUCACCAGACGUGAACCAGCAGACGACCAACAAGGAAAUACGAGAUGAGACUACACCACUUCUCCCGGUCAAGGUGGAGGAGGAGGGGUUCCAUGAGCUCAAUGGAGCUUCAUUCUCCGGAGCGGUUUUCAAUCUCUCGACCACCAUCGUUGGGGCUGGAAUCAUGGCCUUGCCAGCGAGCAUCAAAAUGCUUGGGCUCAUCCCUGGCCUUCUGAUGAUCAUCUUUGUGGCAUUGCUCACAGAGGCAUCCAUUGACAUGCUUGUCAGGUGCAGCCACCAGGGAAAGAUCACAUCAUAUGGGUGGCUGAUGGGAGAGGCAUACGGGCAGUGGGGGAGGAUAGCACUGCAGGGCUCUGUGGUGAUAAACAACAUUGGUGUGAUGAUUGUUUAUAUGAUUAUUAUUGGUGAUGUAUUAUCCGGAACAACGUCAGAUGGUAUUCAUCAUCGCGGCAUAUUGGAAGGCUGGUUUGGAGCUCAUUUGUGGAAUUCUCGUGCCAUUGUUCUGCUUGUGACAACUCUUUGUGUGUUUGCACCAUUGGUGAGCUUUAAGCGUUUGGAUUCACUGAGGUACACAUCUGCCCUGUCAGUUGCUCUUGCUGUGGUUUUUGUUGUCAUUACUGCUGGGAUUGCCAUAAUCAAACUCAUCGAUGGAACUGUAGCAAUGCCCAAGCUUUUCCCAGAAUUAGAUGGUGUUAGUUCUAUCUGGAAGCUUUUUACGGCUGUCCCUGUUCUUGUCACUGCCUAUAUCUGCCACUAUAACGUUCACAGCAUUGACAAUGAGCUUGAAGAUAAAACACAAACUAAACCGAUUGUGCGAACAUCACUAGCCCUCUGCUCCAGUGUUUACAUUGCCACAAGUUUCUUUGCUUAUCUUCUCUUUGGAGAAGGUACACUGGAUGAUGUGCUUGCCAACUUUGAUUCAAAUCUUGGCAUCCCGUUCAGCUCUGUAUUUAAUGAUGUAGUCAGAGUGAGCUAUGCUGCGCACGUCAUGCUUGUCUUUCCCAUCAUCUUCUUUGCCCUCAGGCUCAACUUGGAUGGACUGCUCUUUCCCACUUCUAGGCACAUUUCUCACGACAACAAGAGAUUUUCCAUCAUUACUAUCUCACUCCUCACGGUUAUCUAUAUUGCUGCCAUCUUCAUACCAAGCAUUUGGGAUGCAUUCCAGUUUACUGGUGCCACAGCUGCUGUCUUGAUUGGUUUCAUCUUUCCUGCCAUGGUCAUACUAAGGGAUCCUUAUGGAAUUGCAACCAAGCGUGAUAAGAUCUUGGCUGUAACCAUGAUCGUGCUUGCUGUUCUCUCAAACUCUGUUGCCCUAUAUAGUGACGCAAUGAACAUCUUCCGUAAGAAAGAGGCAGCCUGAACUCUAGACUUCAAAGUUCAAAGGAAGGGUGUCAUUGAUGCGGCAAUGUUGCUUCAAUAUUUCAAAAUCCAGCUGUUUUGAAGGAAGAUGAUUUCUGGCUCAACAACUCAGCACCCAGAGCAGUCACAUGACAGAACUGGAUUGUCACAAUUGUUGGGUUUUCUGUACAUAAACCGGCUCAAUUCGAAAUUGAGUGACUCGCAAUAUAUGUAUCUUUUGUGUUCAUGUAUCCAGAAAAGAAAGCAUGGCGUUGGAAAGUUUAUUGUACAAUAAUUUACGGUGUUACUAGCAUUUGAGUUGAGUUAAAUAUGUAUCAUUUGGUUCUGAGCUCAAUUAUCCAAAUAAAAAUAUAUAAUGGCCAUUGUUACCA